AUGCGUUUGCUGCACCACCCCAGCCUCCACCUUUCUCACGCCGGACCUCUUCCCACGUCCGACGUUCGCUUUAUCUUCUGCCCUUUCAAGCCGUUUCUCCGUGCAACCGAAAAGCUGGAGCUGCCGUCGAUCUCGCAGGUCCACACCCGCGGUCCUGCUGACAUUCCCUGGUACAACCCACACGCGGCCGAACGACCGUUACUGUCCGGCGACAAACUCCCCGCUCUGAGCUUGCCGACAGCCACACAGGGCAUCACCCGAAUUUCCUAUCAAGACCCCCAUUCUGCCAGCUCCAGCGCCCGCACGAGUCUGUCUGGCGCCUCCAUCCCAGUCAACGAGCCUAGGAGCCCUCCGCCCUCUGCGGACCUCUCUGGCACCCAGGGCCGAUUAUCGCUGGACUCUUCUGCCCCGACGGAAUAUAGUCUUCCGCCUUCCGUCAACGACGGGUACUAUCCUAGCCCGACUUCUCUCGGCAGCAUGAACCAAGCCCCGCCGUAUAUGGAUGUUCACUCGCACAUGUCCUCUGCUCAAUCAUACGCUCCCCAGGGUACAACCGCCGGCGCCAUGUCCCACUAUCAGUACCCCCAGCAACCUCCAGUUAUGCAGCCUUCUACUUCUUAUGCAGCUGUCUCAUACCCCCAGUAUGGUUACCACACCGGGGCCACAUCUCCCCCAACCGGACAGCCCCCGAGCUCCAUGGGUGGCCAGAUGCCCGCUCAGCUGCUGCCCUUGCCUGGUAAGCUUCAAAGCAUAAGCUCGGUCGAUGAUUAUUCUGAUCGUUAUCAAGUGAGCAAUCACGGCGUGGCCCCUGCAGGUGGUUAUGGAAACAACACGGGCGCUCCUCUGCAAGGAUUUGUCUUUGACCCUACGGGUCAAGUGGCACCCCCAGGAGCGAAGCCUCGUGUGACGGCUACUCUGUGGGAGGAUGAAGGUAGCCUCUGCUACCAGGUUGAAGCCAAGGGAGUCUGCGUGGCUCGACGUGAAGAUAACCACAUGAUCAAUGGCACAAAGCUGCUAAACGUGGCUGGCAUGACCCGUGGUCGACGUGAUGGAAUCCUGAAGAGCGAAAAGCUCCGCCAUGUCGUGAAGAUUGGCCCAAUGCAUCUGAAGGGUGUCUGGAUUCCUUUCGAGCGUGCUUUGGAAUUUGCGAACAAGGAGAAGAUUACCGAUCUCUUGUACCCGCUCUUUGUGCACAACAUCGGUGGCCUGCUGUACCACCCGGCCAACCAGACUCGCACUAACAUGGUGGUGCAAGAGUCCCAACAGAGACGCAUGGAAGGCCCUCCACCGGGUCCUCAGCGAACACCCUCUGGGCCUCAGCAACCCCCCAGUCUUCACCACCAUCACUCCCUGCAGACCCCCAUGUCUUCUCACAUGUCGCAGGCCCCAAUGUCCGGGCAGCCGGGCUCCCGCCCAGGCCUCGAUCGGGCGAACACUUUCCCCACGCCCCCAGCCAGUGCAUCCAGCGUGAUGGGAAUGAACAACCAAGGCAGUGCAUACGAAUGGGGUAGCCAAGGCAUGAGCUCCAGCGUACCGCACACACAGCCUCUGUCCAUUGACACUACGCUGAGCAACCAGCGCUCGAUGCCCACGACCCCAGCGACGACCCCACCCGGCAACAACAUGCAACAUGGUCUUUCCUCUUACCAAGGCCAGCCGGGUUACGACAGCAAGCCCUACUACUCGGCUGCUCCUCAGUCCCAAUCUCAAUACGCCCCGCAUACUCCAUUGACCCAGUCAGGGAUGCCCAGCUACGGCCAAUCCUUGCCGGGAAGCUACAUGAAGAACGAAAUGGCCCCACCCAAUACCAGAGCCCCUGGUGCCACUGACCCUGAGAGCGCAGAACGCCAGCCGGAGCAUCACUACUCGCGAAGUAAUGGUGCGCCGGGUGAAUCCGUCUCGGAGCAUGAGCAGGAGUACCUACAGGACCACAACAGCGGCUACAACUCGAACCGCAACUCCUACACUUAUUCCACCAACCCCUCCGUGACUUCACUGGCGGGCGAGCACUCCCAGCUCACCCCAGAGAUGACCAGCUCGCCUUCACAGCAGAACGCCUCGGGUCGCAUGACGCCUCGCACAGGUGGUGCUCCUCCCCACUGGGCUUCUGGGUACAACACUCCUCCCCGUCCUGCCGCUGCCACGACACUGUACAACGCUGUCAGUGACACCCGCGGCACACCCGCGAACGGUGGCUCAGACCCGUACUCCAUGGCUCAGUCUUCCACGCCGAUCUACUCGACCGUCAAUGGAUCCAUCGGCUCAGGCAGCAAGCGCAUGCGCGAGGACGACGAUGUCAUCCGCCCGGACAGUGGAGCAGAGUACGAGACUAAGCGCCGCAAGACUAUCACCGAUUCAACAAUCGGCGGUCCCGUCGGCGGUGCUCCAAUCCUACAGCCCAUGAAGACGAGCGCAGUCAUGGCUCGCCAUCGCUGA